UCCGCCCCCCUCUCUCCUAUCUAUUUUCUGCUUCUUGACUUUGACCCGUACCAGCCUUCAGCGACACGAGCCCCCGACAAUCGCCCGCCGAAUUCCAGAUCAAGGGUAUCACCUCCACCCCCAGUUACUGAGCGGAGCCGCUCCUGGCGCUUGAUUACUGGAUACGGGUGUGGUGCAGUUAGGGGCGCCAAAUAAAUUGAAUCAUCAAUUCGAUAAGAGUACAUAAAAGGGCCAAUGCAUUUGAAUACUGAGAAGAAGCCAACAGUGCAAUGGCAGAGGGUGUUGUCGGCAUCCUUAUUCUGAAACUUGGUUCAGCCUUGGUUUUAGAGGCUUGCAGGCUUGGCACAAAACAGCUCUACCAUGAAGCUUCAGCCCUUGGCAGGCUCUUUGGUGAGAUCCGUGAUAUCAAGGAGGAAUUGGAGAGCAUGCAAUCUUUCCUACAAGGAGCUGAGAGAUUCAAAGAUACUGACAACAACACUGCCAACUUUAUCAAGAAGAUCCGUGGCCUUGCUUUUGACAUUGAGGAUGUUAUCGAUGAGUUUAUCUACAAGAUGGAGGACAAGCAUGGUAGUUUUGCUGCAAAGAUGAAGCGCCGGAUCAAUCAUAUUUGGACAUGGCGGCGUCUCACGUCCAAAUUGCAAGAGAUCAAACUGAAACUAGAGAACGUUGAUAAGAGAAAUGUUCGAUAUGACAUGAGAGGAAUUGCUAGAGAAGAUGGAAGCAGUGAUACUCAUUAUAGAUCUACCGAUCAUAUUUCUUACUUCCCCAAAGAGGAACAUCUUGUGGGCAUUGAUGAAAACAAGGAGUUGUUGAUGAAUUGGCUAAGGAGUGAUCUACAACAGCAAAGUGUAAUUACAACAGUAUGGGGGAUGGGGGGAGUUGGCAAGACCACUUUGGUUGCCCAUGUUUACAACACUGUGAAGGUAGAUUUCGACAGUACUGCAUGGAUAACUGUUUCAAAAGCUUACCAAAUGGAGGACUUACUGAAGCAGAUCAUUAGGGGAUUUCAGAAAAGUGAUUUGAAGGGUGAACUUCGUGUUGACAUUAUUGACAUGGAAAAGAGAAACCUAGUUGAGAUCAUCCGUGAUUAUUUGCGUGGUAAAAGGUAUCUUUUAGUGCUAGAUGACGUCUGGGGCAUUGACAUCUGGUUCAAGAUAAGUGAUGCUUUUCCUACCAAUAGCACUAGCAGGUUUAUUAUCACAUCGAGGAUACAUGAAGUAGCAUUGCUGGCUAAUGGAAAUUGCAUAAUUGAGUUGAAGCCACUAGAGGCACACCAUUCAUGGGAGUUAUUUUGUAAAGAGGCUUUCUGGAAAAAUGAAAACAAAAUGUGUCCGCUGGAACUUAAUAAUUUGGCACAAAGAUUUGUUGAUAAGUGUAAUGGGCUCCCCAUUGCCAUUGCAUGCAUAGGCCGUCUUUUGUCUUGCAGAAGCCCAACCUACUCUGAUUGGGAAAGCUUGUACAAGGAACUAGAGUUGCAGAUGACAAAUAAUGUGAUUCUUAAUGUUAAUGUUGUUCUAAAGGUUAGUUUGGAGGAUCUUCCAUAUAUUUUAAAGAACUGUUUUUUGCACUGUACAAUAUUUCCUGAGGAUUAUUUGAUCAAAAGGAAAAGGUUGAUUAGGCACUGGGUAGCAGAGGGAUUCAUCAGAGAAACAGAACAUAAAACAAUGGAGGAAGUGGCAGAGGGCUAUUUGUAUGAACUUGUCAAUCGUAGCCUGUUACAAGUAGUGGAGAGAAAUGAAAGUGGACGAGUGCAGAGUUGCCGAAUGCAUGAUAUUAUUCGACUUCUUGCUCUGACAAAAGCAAAUGAGGAAGGCUUCUGUAAAGUUUAUGAUGGCAUGGGGAGUUUUUCAGCUGAAAAGACACGUCGCUUAUCGAUUCACAGUGCAAAUAUUAAGCAGUUGACUCAACCAACAGAGCUUACAGUUCGCUCAAUCUAUGUUUUUAGUAAUGAUCUGACUAUCGAUUCACUUAGGCCUUUCUUGAAACAUUUCUACUUGCUAUCAACUCUAGAUCUCCAGGGUGCCCAGAUUGUGGAGCUGCCAGAUGAAGUUUUCAGCUUGUUUAAUCUACGGUUUCUUAGUCUUCGAAAUACUGAGGUUAGGAAUAUCCCCAGCACAGUUGGAAGAUUACAAAAACUUGAAGUCUUGGAUGUUUACAAUGCAAAAUUGUUGGCUUUGCCAGAGAGUGUUUCGAAACUUAGAAAGUUGAGAUAUCUCCAUGCAGCUACCGUUCCAGAGAUAAAUAUCAAAGGAGUUGUGGCCUGGACUGGAAUCCAGGUGCCUAAAAGCAUCAAAUACCUGACAGGCUUGCAAGCCUUGCGGCUUGUUGAGGCGAGCUCAGAGACUUUAUGUCAUCUUGGUGCUUUGACACAGUUGAGAACUUUUGCCAUCACCAAUGUGCAGAGGGAACAAUGUGCUGAUUUAUGUACUGUUAUAAUGAACAUGAACCAUCUUGUUAGCUUAGCAAUUAUGGCUAUAAGUGAGAAGGAAACACUUCAACUGGAAGAACUUUGUUUACCCCCAACUCUUUCAAAGCUUGAAUUAGGAGGGCAAUUGGACAAGAAAGCAAUGCCUCGGAUUGUAUCAUCCUUUUCAGAUCUUGGUAACCUCACCUUAUUGACCUUAGCAUUCUCCAAACUUGAUGAAGACUCAUUUUCAUGCCUCUUGAUGUUGCAUGGUCUACGUGGGCUUUGGGUUGAUAAGGCUUAUGAAGGGAAGAGGCUUCACUUUAAUGCUAUGUCUUUUCCAAAUCUUCGACAGCUUGCAAUAUCAGAUGCACCGCAGCUCAACAGCGUUGUAAUCGAACGAAGCGCACUGCAAAGCCUUGUUCAGCUAACGCUUGUAGAUUGUCCAGAACUGAAGGCCCUCCCUGAUGGCAUUGAGCAUCUUAGAACACUUGAGAAAUUAUAUGUGCGAGGAGCAUCCAAAGAGCUCACAGAGCUAUUUCAGUGGAAUGAAGAAACACAUGAGUCCAAUGAGAAUCUUGAGAAGAUCGGUCAUAUCCGAAGGGUUACUGUUUAUCCAUGAAAAGGAUGGGAAGACUUGGUAUCAUAAACCCAUGUGCUCGCGGACAAGUGGUGGCCUUGUCGCUGAUUGCAUACUGGUCAACUAGUGUAAUAGCUCUAGAGUAAAUAAAGUAGUCGAAUAUAGUUGGGGCUGAAGUGAGUGGAGACUAUCUAUUAGGUAAUAAUUUGUUUCUGUUUCUGGUUCUUGAUGUUGAUGUUUUGACCUUAUUUUUGUGUCACCAAUAUUCAUCAUAUAUUUGUAGUCAUACAGGUAUAAAUUAAACAAUUCAUCAAAAGCGAACUGAGGAAAAGCUGAGCAGUAAAUAAAUUGUAUGUUUUAAAAUUUUAUUUCUGUAUUGACCUAUAAAUAUUUUCUGAUAUUAAGUUUCAGAUUUUUAA